CCGUGCGCACGGGCGGGAGGGCGGGAUCACGGGGGAGGGCGUCGCGCGUCGGGCAGUUCGCGCGGGAGCCAAGCGCCGUGGCCCGGGGUUGCAAGUCGGUGGGAACGGAAGCCGCCGCAGGGCGGCGGGGAAGCCGGGAUGGCGACGCCGAGCAAGAAACCGUCGUCCUCCAGCCCCCAAGCCUCCAAGCGACCGCACCCCAGAGACUCCUCCGCGGAGGUCCCGAACAAGAGAAAGAGUUCGACCCCGUCGGCGCCCCCGGGGCCCCCGCCUCCCCUGCCUCCCCCGCCGGCGCCGCUGCAGUCGUCCGGGCCUUUCGUGGAGGGCUCCAUCGUCCGCAUCGCCAUGGAGAACUUCCUAACAUAUGAUAUCUGUGAAGUAUCUCCUGGACCCCAUUUGAAUAUGAUUAUUGGAGCUAAUGGAACAGGAAAAUCCAGCAUUGUGUGUGCCAUUUGCCUUGGACUAGCAGGCAAACCUGCUUUUAUGGGACGAGCAGAUAAGGUUGGCUUUUUUGUGAAGAGAGGAUGUACCAAAGGAAUGGUCGAAAUUGAAUUGUUCAGGAAUUCUGGAAAUCUUAUAAUCACCCGUGAGAUUGAUGUGUCAAAAAAUCAGUCCUUUUGGUUCAUCAAUAAAAAAGCUACAACCCAGAAAACAGUAGAAGAACAAGUUGCAGCCUUAAAUAUUCAAGUGGGCAAUCUUUGCCAGUUUCUACCUCAGGAUAAAGUUGGGGAAUUUGCCAAACUCAGUAAAAUUGAACUCCUCGAGGCUACUGAGAAGUCAAUUGGUCCUCCAGAAAUGCACAGAUAUCACUGUGAACUCAAAAACUUCAGGGAGAAAGAAAAACAACUAGAGACCUCGUGUAAAGAGAAAACUGAAUAUCUAGAGAAAAUGAUUCAGAGAAAUGAAAGAUAUAAACAAGAUGUGGAGAGAUUCUAUGAACGAAAGCGACAUUUAGAUUUGAUUGAGAUGCUUGAAGCAAAAAGACCAUGGGUGGAGUAUGAAAAUGUUCGUCAGGAGUAUGAGGAAGUAAAACUAGCUCGAGACCGAGCAAAGGAAGAGGUCAGAAAACUUAAAGAAGGACAGAUUCCCAUGACACGACGGAUUGAAGAAAUUGAUAAGCAGCGACACAUUUUGGAAGCGCGAAUCAAAGAGAAGGCAACCGAUAUUAAGGAAACAUCUCAAAAAUGCAAGCAAAAGCAAGAUGUUAUAGAAAGGAAAGAUAAACAUAUUGAGGAACUUCAGCAGGCCUUAAUAGUAAAACAGAAUGAAGAGCAUGACCGACAGAAGAGGAUAAGUAAUACCCGAAAAAUGAUAGAAGAUUUGCAGAAUGAACUAAAGACCACAGAAAACUGUGAAAAUCUCCAACCCCAGAUUGAUGCCAUAACACAUGACCUGAGAAAAGUUCAAGAUGAAAAAGCAUUGUGUGAAGGCGAGAUCAUUGAUAAGCGAAGAGAGAGGGAGACCCUAGAGAAGGAGAAACGGAGUGUGGAUGAUCACAUUGUACGUUUUGACAAUCUUAUGAACCAAAAAGAAGAUAAGCUGAGACAAAGAUACCGUGAUACUUAUGAUGCAGUUUUAUGGUUAAGAAAUAACAGAGACAAAUUUAAGCAAAGAGUCUGUGAGCCCAUAAUGCUUACGAUCAAUAUGAAAGAUAAUAAAAAUGCCAAAUACAUUGAAAAUCAUAUUCCAUCAAAUGACUUGAGAGCCUUUGUAUUUGAAAGUCAAGAAGAUAUGGAAGUUUUUCUCAAAGAGGUUCGUGAUAAUAAAAAAUUACGAGUAAAUGCUGUUAUUGCUCCCAAGAGUUCAUAUGCAGACAGAGCACCAUCAAGAUCUCUAAAUGAACUCAAACGAUAUGGAUUCUUCUCUUAUUUGCGAGAGUUAUUUGAUGCUCCUGAUCCUGUCAUGAGUUACCUUUGCUGCCAGUAUCAUAUUCAUGAAGUUCCUGUAGGAACUGAAAGGACCCGAGAGAGAAUUGAGCGGGUAAUACAAGAAACCCGAUUAAAGCAAAUUUAUACAGCAGAAGAAAAGUAUGUGGUGAAGACUUCUUUUUACUCAAACAAAGUGAUUUCUAGUAACACAUCCUUAAAAGUUGCCCAGUUUCUCACAGUCACUGUGGAUCUUGAGCAAAGAAGACACUUAGAAGAACAGCUAAAGGAAAUUAAUCGGAAAUUGCAAGCAGUAGAUUCAGCAUUGAUUGCCUUGCGUGAGACAAACAAGCAGCUAGAGCACAAAGACAAUGAACUUCGACAGAAGAAGAAGGAGCUUCUUGAAAGAAAAACCAAGAAAAGACAAUUGGAGCAGAAAAUUAGUUCCAAACUAGGAAGUUUAAAGCUGAUGGAACAAGAUACUUGCAACCUUGAAGAGGAAGAACGGAAAGCAAAUACCAGAAUAAAAGAACUAAAUGUUCAAAAAGCUAAACUUGUUACUGAAUUAACAAACUUGAUAAAGAUUUGUACUUCUUUGCAUAUCCAAAAAGUAGAUUUAAUUCUUCAAAAUACUACAGUGAUCUCUGAGAAGAACAAGUUAGAAUCAGAUUAUAUGGCUUCAUCAUCUCAACUACGUACCACAGAGCAACAUUUCAUUGAACUGGAUGAAAAUAGACUGAGAUUACUACAAAAAUGCAAGGAACUUAUGAAAAGAGCUAGGCAAGUAUGUAACCUGGGUGCAGAACAGACCGUUCCUCAAGAAUAUCAGACACAAGUACCCACCAUUCCAAAUGGACACAACUCCUCACCCCCUAUGGCUUUCCAAGAUCUUCCAAACACAUUGGAUGAAAUUGAUGCUUUAUUAACUGAAGAAAGAUCAAGAGCAUCUUGCUUCACAGGACUGAAUCCUACAGUUGUUGAAGAAUAUACAAAAAGAGAAGAAGAAAUAGAGCAAUUAACUGAGGAACUAAAGAUAAAGAAUGUGGAACUAGAUAAAUACAGGGAAAACAUUUCACAGGUAAAAGAAAGAUGGCUAAAUCCUUUAAAAGAGCUGGUAGAAAAAAUUAAUGAAAAAUUCAGCAACUUUUUCAGUUCCAUGCAGUGUGCUGGUGAAGUUGAUCUACAUACAGAAAAUGAGGAAGACUAUGAUAAAUAUGGAAUUCGAAUUAGAGUGAAAUUUCGUAGCAGUACUCAACUUCAUGAAUUAACACCUAAUCAUCAAAGUGGAGGAGAAAGAAGUGUUUCCACCAUGUUAUACUUGAUGGCACUUCAAGAGCUUAACAGAUGUCCAUUCAGAGUAGUUGAUGAAAUCAAUCAGGGAAUGGACCCAAUCAAUGAGCGGAGAGUUUUUGAAAUGGUUGUAAAUACUGCUUGUAAAGAAAACACAUCUCAGUACUUCUUUAUUACACCAAAGCUGCUGCAAAAUCUCCCUUACACUGAGAAGAUGACGGUGCUGUUUGUCUACAAUGGUCCUCACAUGCUGGAGCCAAAUAGAUGGAAUCUGAAAGCUUUCCAGAGGCGGCGGCGCCGCAUUACAUUCACUCAGCCUCCUCAGUAAGGGAGGGCGAGGACUGCAUUCUGUUAUGUGCUGUGUAUGAUUAGGACUCGAUUGAAUAAAAGAUUCACUGAGACUAAAAUAGAUCGCUUAUUUUUGGAAACCUGAUGUUAUUGCGAAUGGGUUGUGAAUGGAGACCAUAACAACGUCUUUCUGUGGAUCAUCUGGUAGUCCGAGUUAAGUCUUCGUUGUUCUGUUGGACUUGAAUCUUUCACCACUCUGACCCAUUGUAUAUAUAAUUGAAAGUCAGAGAGGCACAACUGAAAAGGUUACCAAUCACAUGGCAAUUGUAAGCUUUGAUUGCAGAAUACCUUUAACUUUUUGAGCCUAAAACUGACUAGGUCUUCAGUCAGUUUUCUCCCGGUGUUAUGUUUAAUUUUUUAAAAAUCUACGGAAAUGUGUACUCUUAUGUAUAGUAAUUUAUGACAGGUCUAUUCAUUUUCUUCCUAUUAAAAAAAAUGACCUACUCUUCAGUUGGAAAUGGAAUUCUGUGGGCCUUUUAAGAAAAUUUUAUGAAACUUGAUACUGUUGUAUAGGUAUCUCAAAGGGGAAAAUAUUACUGGGGUUCAAAAAUAGUAACAUGGCUUGUUUCAGAUGCCACCAUGUGGCCACUAGAUGGUGCAAAACUGUGCAACCCAGAAAAGAAAAUCAAGUGCUGAGGGUUUUUAGAAGAACCCUAAAAAGUAAAUGUUGUGUGUAUUUUUUUUAAAAGUCAGUUGUAUUUUACAUCUUAAAUUUCUAAAAGCAUUUUUAUAAUUAUUUUUAGUAAGAUUUUUCUUAAGAUUUCAUAUGCUGGUUUCUACAAUUUAUAUUUGCAGUUUCUCAGUGUUAUGUAAAGAGCGAUGGAAAGCAUUGAUUUGUUUUAAGCCAUGUUUCUAGAACUUAAGCCUAAUAGUUCAUUCCUUACAGUAUUGAUCCUAUCUCCAUUAUCUAAGAAAAUAUAAACUUUUCUUUCUGCAUGAAAGAAUUUGGUAAAAAUUUAGUAUAGCAGAUAAUUUAAAUUAACAGUGCCAAAUAAGUUCUAUUCAUUUAAAAAAUAAAUCUAAAAAUGGACUAGUCCCAAGCCAUGUCUUUGAACAGUGAGUGAAUGAGAUCUCUGUCAGUAAAGACUUUUCUUUUUUAGCUUGGUAGCCUGCAUAAAUUGAAGAAUUGUAUGAAAUUUGGGUUUUGUAUAUUCUUAAAUAACCACUAAAUUUCUACUCUGUUUAGGUCAAAUUAAUGAAACGUAUGGUUAUGCCCUCUCACUUGGACAUUUUUUUUUCUCCAAGUCAAAUGCAUGUACUUUGAAAAAUUUCUUACUAGUGUGAACAAGUCAUGUAACCAUUGAACAAUCGGUGACACACUAGUAAAUGGAUAUUACCAAGUGUUUUUGUUUAAUAUUUUUUAUUUUCCACCAAAAUAUCUUCAUUAAUAUGUGCUUGGUGUAUUUUGUUUAUUGUCUUAGGGUCAUUUGUUUCUACAACGUAAAUAUCAGUGUGAAAAAAGUUUGAAAAUGUAGGCGUAUUUGAAAAUAAACUGGUUAUUCAGUUUACAUAUACUAACAGUUAUUCCGUAGCUUGUUUGUAAGCAUUUCUAUUCCUCUGCUGAACAAAAUGAAUAUGUGGUUUUACAUUGGAUUUUGAGCUGUGAAAGAUAAAUUAUGUAUUAUAUUAACAUACUAAAAAGAAUAAAAAAGCCUAGUACAUCUCAUCCACUUAAAACUUAACAUAUUUUCUGCAAAAGUUGAUUUUUAAUUAUGUACAAAUUGUAAGAACUUGAGGUAAAGGUUUGAUUUUACAAAAUAUAUAAGACCUUAAAGUGACAAGCAAGUAUUUUUAAUGACAGAAUCUUAUUUGUCUAAGGAGAGAGCCUCUUAAGUUUUUUUUAAGGAAAGGAAAUUUUUCAAAGCAAAAGGAAAGAUUUCUUGCUUCUUUCACAUGUCUUUUGGCUAUAUGCUUAUUUUCUUUGGAGUAUAUAUCUUUAGCUCGUGAAAAAUGUAAAUUUGUCCUGCUAUUGUUUGUCUCUCUGUGUGUAUAUAUCUGGGGGGGGAACCUCUGUGGAAAAUGCUACUUUGUUGGUAAUAAAUGCAUAUUUUCAUAUUC